GGGAGUUAUAGGGCCAGAGGCUGGAUCCAGAUGUGUCCACUCAUUUUAAAUCACCUUACCUUGCCUGAAGACACAACAUCUUAACAAAACAUUAUUAAAUUUUUACACUUUGUGGCAAAAAGAAAAAAAAAAAAAUGAUGAUACAUUCCUCUGUACAAAGCAAAUGGACAUGAGAGGUGUGAAAGACGCUCACUGACGUGCUUUGGAGGCAGGCAGGUGGAAAGAGGCAAUAUGUGAAAAACAAACAUGCCUACUUCUAAUCCAGAUGCAGUCGUCCUCCUGAGAUCAGUCUUAGACAGAAGGACGAGGGACAGGACCACAAGCCUAAUCUCCAACUGAUCCGUUGCUGAAAGCAUGCAAGCUCUGUACAUGUCCGUGCUGCUCUAUUUUCUUCUCCUCGGCUUCCUGCCCCCUACAGGAGCAGAAGAGGAGAGCGACGCAGCUGGCAGCAGAGGGGAGAGGGAGAAACGAAGCCUACCCUACUGGGGCAUGUGGUCGUCAGAUUUUUUCGGGUGGUUGGAGGAGCUGCAAGCCCAGGCAGCUCACCACGGGAUGCAGGACCUGGCUCGUACCUUCUGGGCUCACUUCCCCAUCGCCAACGAGCUGGGCUACGAUAGUCCCGAGUCUGACCCUGAACUUGAGGAGUGAGGGAGAGGAGAGACAGGGUGAAGAUGAGAGAUUGAAGAGUCUGAGGGGCCAAAAGUCACCUUUAACAUGUGUUUUAUAGUUAAGACGAUCAAUACUAGUUUGGAGAUUUGUGAUAUUUUAACAAUUUAACAAACAACAUUUGGUUAAUAUUGACUUUUGUAUGUAUAAAAAUAAAAACAAUUGCAUAUAUUUUCAAUUUCUUUAUAUCAUUUUUUUUUUUUUUUUCGUCUGACCUUUUUAAAACCCAGUAUGAUGAAAAAUAUUGAUGUAGUAACCCUUCCCUUUGCCACAAACUGGGCUUGCACA